AUGGCUCGCAACAUGCUUAUCCAGCUCAUCGCCUCCUUCAUCCUCCUCGCCCUGCUCUCCCCGCUGGCAUCCGCGCAGUCCCUAUCAAUCUACCAGGACUCCGACAAGUACAAGUACCAGGGCUGCUUCAACGAGACCGUCGACCUGGCGGACACGGCCAAGGUGCGCGCCCUCGCCGAUGGCGCGAGCAAGACAUACCCCGUCGACGGCAACAUGACAGUACCGAUAUGUCUCAGCUUCUGCAACAGCGGAACCGACACCCAGUACAAAUACGCCGGUGUUGAGUAUUCUCGCGAAUGCUGGUGCUCCCAGAGGCUCUCCAGUCUGGCGACGAAGCUCGAUGAUACGGCGUGCAAUACCCCUUGCGACGGAAACCGUGACGUCGCUUGUGGAGGCGCGUUGAAGUUGAGUGUCUACAUGAUGCAGAGCGACAGCGCUCGGGUUGCGGCGACGGCCUGGGGCUUGGUGCUUGCUGGCACACUGGCGGUUAUGUCUAUUUAA